AUGGCCUCUCAGAGAGCAACCACGGCGGCGGCGUGGACCAACGAAGAGGACAUGGCGCGGCCGCCCGCCGGAGGAGGACUGGUUAGUGGCGCUCGCGGUCGACGGAGGAGGAGCGGCGCAAGGGCAUCCCGUGGACAGAGGAGGAGCACAGGCCGUUCUUGCUGCCGGCUGGACAAGUUCGGCAAGGGCGACUGGGCGCAACUUGGUCAUCUCCCGGGCCGGACGCCGACGCACAAGUGCUUCAUCCGCCUCAACUCCAUGAACCGGGACCGCCGCCGCUCCAGCAUCCACGACAUCACCACCAUCAACAACGCCGCCCCGCAGCCGCAGCACGGCCCCGUCACCGGCGGCGUCAUGGGCAUGUACGGAGGGGCGCCCAUGGGCCACCCGGUCGCCGCCGCAGUCGGGACGCCGGGGCCGGGGGCACCCGCGCUACGUCAUGCCCCUCGGCUGCCCGGCCCCGCAUCAGUAGGCAUGCCAUGCUUGCUUGGUCUCUGCUCUGAUUCGUGCGCGCGCGCGACACGCCGGCAUGCAUGUCAAGCGCAUCGACGAACCACGCCGGCCCUUGUGCUAGUGUAUUGGGUCAGUGCAUUCGGCCAGGAAGACGGUCUUCGGACCGGGCGAGCCCCAUGUCCCUCUGUUUCCUUGCUCUCUUCGUCUCGCCAAAAGCCGUCGCACCACCUCCACUUCCGCCUUCGGUGCCCCGCUGCAAUCACCUGCUGGUCGGCCCGUGCGCUCAAGAGGGGCGUCAGUGUCGGCGACUUCAUUGGCCGCCUCCUCCUCUCCUCUUCAAUCGGGACUCCCGCGAACACUGACCUCGCCGGCAGAUCCCUCAGCUGUCAGGGAAGGCAACCAUCAACGAAGAUUGAGGGUGCCUCUCCGGCGAGCGUGCUCGUGUCGUGGUGGUUUCCCACAUCCCAGCAGCGUGGGGGAGGCGGUGUCCUCUGCAACUAG